AUGAUUCCAGGGACUGAGGUCCUGAUUGACGACCGUGACACAUCCGACUCGGUCGUCCUCAUCCCUCAUCCGUCCAAUGCCCCACACGAUCCUCUGAACUGGACAAGACUGUGGAAGAUCCUGGUCCUGUUCAGCCAGGGCUCGUUUGUGCUUUUUAGCGUCGUCACAAAUCUCUCAAUUGCACCGCUUGCCCCCAUUUACAUGGCAGAAUGGGGCAAAUCGGAAACUCAAGUCGCACUUCUAACGGGGGCCACUGUCCUAUCUUUGGGAUACGCGAAUUUCAUUAUUAUUCCGUGCAGCGAUGUCUUCGGCCGUCGCGUUGUUCUCAUUGUUUGUUCUCUGAUCACAAUCGGGUCCUGCAUCUGGCAGGCAACGGCGACUUCCUAUAGCUCCUUCCUUGGCGGCCGUAUCUUGACCGGACUGGGCGCAGCGGCAAAUGAGAGUAUUAUGCCCGUCGUUGUCGCCGACGUCAAGUUUCUCCAUCAACGUGGGAAAUACAUCGGUGUAUAUUUUUACUGCUAUUUCAUGGGCCUUUUCCUGGGACCUAUAAUAUCGGGGGCUGUGGCACAACGAACCUCAUGGCGGUGGUUCUUCUGGGCAUGCACCAUUGCGCAGGCCAUCAACCUAGUUUGCCUUCUCGUCAUGUCUCCAGAGACCAGACGAGUGGGAAUGGAACCCCACAGUUCUCAAGACGCACCGGCUUUUGAGAGCCCAUCGGACUCCGGAGAUGCGGAAAAGAACGAGUACAAGGAGCAGAUUGAGAGCUACUCGGCUCCAAUAAAUAUUACUCCUGAGUGUCUUGGUCACGGAAAACCGGUCAGAGACCAGUUCGGCAUUUUCCACCCUAUUGAUCGCCAAGCUCUCCGCCAAAUCCUGCAAUACUUCAUCAUCCCCGUCGAAAUCUUCUUCUUCCCCAUUAUCUUUUGGGCGGCAAUGUCGAUGGGAGCAGCGGCAAAUGCGCUACUUUGUGUUAACCUUCUCCAGUCCCAAGCCCUUUCCGCGCCGCCGUACAAUUUCUCUCCCCAAAACGUUGGAUUUGCCAACUUUGCUCUUGUGGCAGGUGGUAUCGCGGGGUUGAGCAUUGCCGGUCCAUGGUCUGACUGGGUUGCCAUGAGGGCUACCAAAAAGAAUGGUGGUAUCAGGGAGCCGGAAAUGAGGUUGCCGUCUUUGAUUCCCUUUAUUGCGGCUACGGUUGUGGGCAUGGUGAUUGUAGGUUAUGGCUGGCAAAAGGGCUGGCGCUGGGAACCGGUCAUCAUCGUCGGUUUCUCUCUCGUUGGAUUCAUCGUCGUGUCUAUUCCAACGUUGUGCAUUACAUACGCUAUUGAUUGUUACAAGCCCAUCGCAGGCCCCAUUAUGGUCAUCAGUACAGUCUGCAAGAAUACAUUUGGGUUCGGCAUGUCGUAUUAUAUCAACAGCUGGGCUACGAAGAGCGGCUUCGGGCCCCCAGUCUACUUGCUUAUGGCCAUGACGGCCGGAUUCCCACUGGUGGGAUUGAUCAUCUUUUCAUUCUGGGGCAAAUCAUUCCGAAGGUGGACGCGGAACUCAAGGUUGCAUCGCAUGUAG